AUGAACAAAGAAGAAAACAAAAAGAAAGCGUUGAUGAGGAUUGCACCGAACGGAUCUAUCGAGCCUUAUGUCUAUAUUGCCGGGCCGCGUUUUCCCGCAAAAAAAGCUUUGCUUCGGGAUUUAAAGGCAAGGGCUAGUUGCAUUGAAAAUUUCCAGGAAAUUUUGGAAGGAGGAUAUGUGCAGUGUUCUUUGCAUUACGGUUCUGGGAUAUCAGAACAAGAUGCGGAAAUGCAUCCAGAUAUUCCUUUUCAAAAUCCGACAAAAUUAAGCGUAUUAGGUCUCAACUUGCGGAAAGGGAAAAGAAAGAUCUGUUAUGAAAGCUGA